AUGAAAUUCGAAAUUCAAAAACGAAAAACUGAUCCUUUACCCAACAAACAACAAAUCAAUGAAUUAGCUUAUGGUUUGGAAUUGAGUUGCCAAAGGUUCUUUUGGGUUUUGAGAGCACCAAGUUAUUUAGCUUGUUCUGCUUACCUUGAAGCUACAAAGGAGGACCCUUUACAAUUCUUACCAAGUGGAUUUUUGGAAAGGACAAAGGAUAAAGGUUUGGUUGUGCCUUUAUGGGCACCUCAGGUUCAGGUCCCUAGUCACAAUUCAGUUGGUGGAUUCCUAACCCAUUGUGGUUGGAACUCAACCUUGGAGAGUGUUCAAGAGCGAAUGCCUUUAAUAACAUGGCCACUCUUUGCAGAGCAGAAGAUGAAUGCUGUGUUGUUAACCAAUGGACUUAAAGUGGCAUUAAGGCCAAAAUUGAAUGAUGAAGGCAUAGUGGAGAAGGAGGAAAUCGCAAAGGUGGUAAAGUGUCUGAUGGAAGGGGAAGAAGGUAAAGAAAUGUGUGAAAGAAUGAGGAAUUUAAGAGAUUUCGCUACUAAUGCAUUAAAGGAUGGUUCUUCUGCACAAACCUUGCUUCAAUUGGCUAGUCAUUGGGAAAAUUUCAGUAGGAUUUAGGCAUUUUUCGGUUUAUUUUUAUCUCUUGGUCAUUACUUCGAUAUUUCUAAUUAGUUAUGUUUUGUUUGUUUUUCUUAA